UCCACCUGUUUCAGGUUGCCUGUAACUGUUUACCUGGCUACUCUGGGAAUGGACAUUUCUGCUACCCGUUCAACCCCUGUCGGACUAACAACGGGGGCUGUGGAAAGUACGCCAGGUGUCGUUACAUGGGCAACGGAGAGAGGAAUUGCUCCUGCACUGGAGGACACAUCGGAGAUGGCUUUGACUGCCGCGGCAAGACCCGCACGGAGAUAUUUCGCCAGUCAGAAGCUGCGUUGUACCGUCGGAUAGUCAUGGUGUCUGAUGUGAGGAGUCUGUACGGUGAUGGGCCCUUCACUAUAUUCAUACCUCCUGCAAACAGCAACUUCUCAAUAGAGGCAUGGGAGUCACAGGGACGCAGCCCAGACUUGGCUAACUACCACAUGGUGUCCUGUGAGACUCUGAUGCUCUCUGACCUGAAGACCACCUCAAAGGCUGUGGCCGUCUCCGGACACCAGCUCACCUUCAGACUCAAGGAUGGCUCUGUGUACAUUAAUGAUGACGCUAGGAUAGUCUCCAGUGACUACGUGACAGCUGACGGUGUGAUCCACUACAUUGACAAGGUCCUCACCCCGUAUGACCUGAAGGAUCAAAAGGCCAUACCAUCUAAGGUAGGCUACGGCUGCAUGUGUAUACCACUCAGCAGACACUUUGAUCCGAAGCUACUUACAGACAUAGCGUGCAUACAUUUUCCAUAUGGGUGGCCUCAGCGGGAAUCUAACCUAUGAUCCUGGCGUUGCAAG